CGCAGCUUUGGCAGCUUGGCUCCAGUUCAGCUCCUCCCCCAUGUGGAGGUUCACUUGAUCAAAUCCUUGAACGUGAACAGUUUCGCUGAAAAGCACUUUUUUAAAACCGAGAGACUACAGCGGCCACAGUAACAAUCUCACAAGUUCCGAAGGAGUUGUGCGCUCCCUUAAUCGUUAAAAGGGUUUUGCGAAGAAUAAUCCCUAAAUUUCUACCAGCAAUGGAGAGGGGGGCUGGCUUGUGCCCAGGCUUGUACUUAGCUCUAUGGACCUGGCUUCUGAUCUCCACUCAUAUCCUGAUUACUGCCAAGGCUGAGAUAACUUGCACAUCAUGCCCAUCACGGGCUAAACUGAAACGGGGGGGAUUAAUGUUGUUCACGCGUGUGGAUGCAACGGAGACAGGGACGCUAUCUUCUCAGCAGAUUCGGAGUCAUUCCCAAGUAGCCGGGGAUUUUAGCUCUAAGACUGGAAAUGGAAAUGGUUCGGAUGCAGCUGCUCCUGGGGAUGUGAUGAAAUUGGCUAAGGGUGUCAGAAUGGCUCGUUCAAGAGUGGAUGUAGUGUAUUCCAAAGUAGCCUUGAGGAGUUCGCUUGAAUCCGGGGAGAAAGAAGAAAAAAACACUAGUCAAGAAGUGACCACCGAGGAGAUGAAAUUGGCUCAUUUUAGAAACAAAGCAGCGGUAAGAAAUAAACUUUCCGAGGCCGAUGACAAGACCAAAUCUGAGGACACCAAGUUUCCGAGGGUGAAGAGGAGUGGACCCGAACUGUCAAAAUUAAUGGAAAAGGUGAAGACCAGUAGCAGUGCUCAACUGGAAGGAAGUCAUUCAGAUGACAAGAAAAGUGCUGACCCUUUGCUGGGUGGACACAGACUGAGCAGGUCCGAGUUUAAAUGGACCAGGGAUGAAAACAAGGCAGUAAACGCCAGACAAGACGAGGUGAAGCUAAUCAGCACUACUUUCUCCCUGACAGGAGAUUCCGCUCACAAUCAGGCAAUGGUGCACUGGUCAGGACACAACAGCAGCGUGAUCCUCAUCUUGACAAAGCUCUAUGACUUUAACCUGGGAAGUGUCACAGAAAGCUCAUUAUGGAGAUCAACUGACUAUGGAACAACAUAUGAGAAAAUGAAUGACAAAGUUGGACUGAAAACGGUGCUGAGUUAUCUCUAUGUGUGCCCAACAAACAAGAGGAAGAUAAUGCUUCUAAGUGAUCCAGAGAUUGAAAGCAGCGUACUGAUCAGUUCAGAUGAAGGAGCAAGCUAUCAGAAAUUCCGUCUGAACUUCUAUAUAUUAAGCCUGCUGUUUCAUCCUACACAUGAAGACUGGAUUCUGGCCUACAGCCAUGACCAAAAGUUGUACAGCUCUUUGGACUUUGGACGAAAAUGGCAACUGGUUCAUGAGCAUGUGACUCCAAACAGAUUUUACUGGUCUGUAAUUGGGUUAGACAAGGAGUCAGAUCUGGUACACAUGGAGGCCCGCACUGAUGAUGGACGUGCUCAAUAUGUAACAUGCCGGGUUCAGGAAUGUUCUGAACCAAACAGACACCAUCCUUUCCCAAGCUACAUUGACACAAAUUCCCUUGUCGUUCAGGAUGACUAUGUCUUCAUUCAGGUUACAACAGCAGGUCGGGCCAGUUACUAUGUAUCCUAUCGACGAGAGCCAUUUGCGCGCAUCAAGCUACCAAAAUACUCACUACCAAAAGACAUGCACAUCAUCAGUACAGAUGAGAAUCAGGUGUUUGCAGCUGUGCAAGAGUGGAAUCAGAAUGACACAUACAACCUUUACAUAUCGGAGACUCGAGGGAUCUAUUUCACGCUCGCCCUGGAGAAUGUGAAAACCAGCAGGGGGAUAGAAGGAAACAUCAUGAUCGACCUCUAUGAGGUAGCAGGGAUAAAAGGAAUGUUCAUAGCCAACAGGAAGCUUGAGAACCAAGUGAAGACCUACAUCACGUACAACAAAGGCAGAGAUUGGCGUUUACUGCAGGCACCUGCCACAGACAUGGGAGGCAAUGACAUCCAUUGUGUUCUACCAUUUUGUUCCCUACAUCUGCAUUUGCAGAUUUCUGAAAAUCCCUAUACUUCUGGAAGUAUCUCAAGCAAAAGCUCAGCUCCAGGAAUCAUAGUGGCUACAGGUAAUAUUGGUGCUGAGCUUUCACACAAGAACAUUGGAAUGUUCAUAUCAUCAGAUGCUGGAAAUAACUGGAGUCAGAUUUUUGAGGAAGAGUACAGUAUCUGGUUUCUGGACAAGGGCGGUGCUCUGGUGGCUAUCAAACAAGCAACAGCACCUAUCAGACAUUUGUGGAUAAGUUUUGAUGAAGGGAAACAGUGGAGCAGAUACAGUUUCACCCUGGCGCCUUUGUUUGUCGAUGGAGUGUUGGUAGAGCCUGGGACAGAAAGUCAGAUAAUGACGUUUUUUGGACACUUCAGCCAUCGUUCUGAGUGGCAGCUUGUUAAAAUAGAUUACAAGUCCAUCUUUACUAGGAAAUGCACCGAAGGAGAUUAUCAGACAUGGCACCUACACAAUCAGGGUGAACCUUGUGUUAUGGGAGAAAAACAGAUCUACAUGAAGCGCAGACCAGGGAACCACUGCAUGCUGGGAAAGGACUACUCCAGAAUUCUGUCUGCUGAGCCUUGUAUCUGUAGUGCCUCAGACUUUGAAUGUGAUUACGGGUUUGAGCGUCGUGGAGAUGGAAAGUGCUCUCCUGCCUUUUGGUUUAACCCUACUGCAGUAUCAAGAAGCUGUAGCCAUGGGCAGAGCUAUCUUAACAGCACUGGCUACCGUAAGGUGGUGUCCAAUAACUGCACUGCUGGGGUAAAGGAGCUGUACACAGCCAGGAGGCAGCAGUGUCCUAAUCGGCCUCCUAGGGGCCUCCAUCUCGUCACCAGUGAAGGAAAGCUGACAGCCACCCUGAGUACCAACGUCACUUUCCUCAUCUUUCUGGAAGAUGGUGACUCCAUGAGAAUAAACAUCCAGCUGGAUUUCGGAGAUGGCAUUGCUGUGUCCUACUCUAAUCUCAGCUUGAUUGAGGAUGGCAUCAAACACGUCUACAAGACUGCUGGGAUAUACCGAGUGACUGCUCUUGCCGAAAACAGCCUGGGGUUUGAUAGCACAACCCUCUACUUACACGUAACCUGUCCAAUUGAGCAUGUGCAUCUCUCUGCUCCAUUUGUGGCUAUAAAGAACAAGGAAGUUAACCUCACUGCUGUUGUGUGGCCAAGUCAUUCAAGAACAAUCACUUACUUCUGGUGGUUUGGGAACAGCACUGAGCCUUUGAUAACCUUGGAGGGAAGCAUCUCAUAUACUUUUUCCAAAGAAGGAAUGAACACUGUUACAGUGCAGGUCUCUUCUGGCAAUACCAUACUACAAGACACAAAGACAAUAGCAGUCCAUGAAUUUUUCAAAUCGCUCCUUUUAUCUUUCUCCCCCAAUCUGGAUGAGUACAACCCUGAUAUCCCUGAGUGGAGACAGGAUGCUGGCAGAGUAAUUAAGAAAGCUCUGGUACAAGUGUCCGACUUCCCAGAGGAGCAGCUUUUAGUUGCAGUAUUUCCUGGUAUACCAACAGCUGCUGAACUUUUUCUGUUGCCAUACAAAAACAUAUCAGAGGGGAGAAAAAAGAGUGAAUCUGAUCUGGAGCAGACUUCGGAGAUACUCGUCAGUGCCCUGAAUCAAAAUUUGGUUGAGUUUGAGUUGAAGCCAGGAGUUCGAGUCAUCGUUUACAUCACUCAGUUGACACUCGCACCUCUUGUUGACUCCAGUCCAAGACACAGCAGUUCAGCCAUGUUGAUGCUCCUGUCAGUUGUUUUUGUGGGUUUAGCUGUUUUUUUAAUCUACAAGUUUAAAAGAAAAAUUCCAUGGAUCAAUAUUUAUGCUGAGGUUAACCAUGAGAAGGAACAGGAGAUGAUUGGCUCAGUCAGCCAAAGUGAGAGUGCACCCAAAAUUACUCUGAGUGAGUUUUCUAGUCCUGAGGAACGGCUGGAAAAGGAGUUGGAAACCAGGGUCAUAGGAGGAAUCCCUAAAGUCAGUGAGAGUGAAAGCACAAGGGAAAUUCCAAACUGCACUAGCGUUUAAAAACCCGUGAUGCAACGAAGUGUACAAACGUUUUGAGAUUUGGAGGUUCUUUUUUGUAAUUCUAAAACACAGUCAAUGUUAAUAGUUUUUUAAGGACCUCAUUUAUACAGAUUUGCAUGGGUGUGUCUUGUUUUACAAGAUGUAUGGGUUCGAUCGGAAUCUACUUAUCAAGGCAUUUUUUUAUCCUAAAUAAAUCUUUCUUAAUUUUGAGAAAGCAGGAAUUAUAAACAAAGUUAGAGAGCACCUGUGGAGUGUGUUGCUGUUGUUACACCACUGUGUUGUUCAUUUAUUUGUCACAUACAUUAAUAAAAGUGCUGUUGGGCAAAAAUUAAACAGCUCUUAUGACAAAAGAGGACAAUGUAUUUUUGUACAUAGCUUGGGCAUUUAGCAUUUUAGGAAAAUAACCAUUGUCUUAUCAUCCUUUUCUUGAUACUGUAAAUGUUCAAUUUCAUGCAGCAGUAUUAAAUCUCUAUUUUUGUUUUGCAUAUUCAAAAUCUUGCUUGGCCAUCUGACAUAUCACAUGAGCAGGUAGUUCUUAGAAAUAAACUGGAUUGUUGAUUCCUUAAAUUAUAUUAAUAGGUUUUUACAAUAUUGUUUUUAUCUUUGUAAGUGCACCCACUUUUCCUUCUAUGUGUUGACCAGUCCUUUUUAAGUGCUGAGAUCUGAGCUACUUUGACGGGACAUAAUUGUUCCUUUUUGGGACUAACUAUAAAAAUUAAAGAUUGAUUGCAGAGUAGUAUGUUUUUAAAGGUAUCUCAUUUUGAGAUAAAGGUAUAAAAAAGAUACCUCCAUUUUUAUCUUUUGUCUUUUCACUUUCAAGCAAGCACAAUCAAAGAAAAGAGUGAAGGAAUGUCCUCUACAUAAUCAGAAUGUAUGUCAGGAAAGGGAUUUUUUUCAUUUCAAAUAUUUCCAUCUUAUGCAGUACAAAGGUCAGGAUUUAGAGGACUAUUUAAAGAAUGCAAACUUUUAAGCAAUGCACAUCAUACAGAAAGAAAUUUUCAAAUAAGGCAGUUCUCCCUUGCUGUAAAAAAAAGAAUGUUCCGAUAAAGAAUUUAUUCUGAUUAAAAUACAAUGAAACCUUCUAUAAUGAAUGAGUUGUGUUACUGUUCACUUUUGAAUUUUAGUCAGCACUUUCCAGCAGUGAAUUAAAUAAAAUGGAAUGAUACUGUUGACCCUGUUGUUUUUAACAUUCUGAGAAGUGAUAGAAAUGGAUAUGCUUCUAAAAUAUGGAAAUUAUUAGUAGCCACCAUGUAGAUUGGCUUUCAGAGACAGGUUUAAGAUCAUCAGGUAAUGCAUUAUUAAUGUUAUUGAUGAAUGUGGAGGCACACAUGGAAAGCUGUACAUGUAAUUGGAAAAGGAAGAAGUAAUUGCCACUGUACAUUUUGAUAUGUAGGCUCAGACCACAGACUUAGAUAGCCACAGACUACAGUCUUGUGAAUGGUCUCGUGAUGAAGACAGCACAUUGGCUAUAGGUCAGAGGUAAACAAAACUAAGGUGUUGAUGAGUAUCCUUUCACUUAUUUGCACCUCAUCUUUGAAUACAUACACUUCCUAACUUGGCUUAAACAACAUAUCUUAGCAACACAUUUGCCAAGUUUCUCUGUGGGACAGCAGUCUUUUCAGGGGGGAUCUAAACCUUAUUUUGAAUGUUUCUUUAACAUCAAGAUACGAAUGGUCUAGUGUCAGAGAGCUAUCCUCAUUGAUUUUCUUGUUGCAAUGGUAUUCAGGUUUUUUGGUCUCCAGGGGGAAAUGGGUUAAUUUUACUGUAUAGUACUAGUUCUAUUAAAACAGAAUUUACUCUUGCGUUUGUAACUUUUUUUUUCUGUGUGUUUUCUCUUUGUAAAUAGGCAUUCUUAACCUUUCACUUGAUUCUGGAACUGUAUAACACCAGUAGACCUGACCACAGUAUGUUUUAAAUACUUAUGUUGGGUGAGAAACAAGACAUUACCUUGCAAACAGCUUUCUUUUAGUUUUUCGUUCAAUGAGGUCCUGGACUUGUGCAUGUUAAUACUGAGGACACAGGUGGUAUACUGUAGAUAAAGCCUGUUGUAUAUAGUUCUUUUUUAAUUUCCUAAAUAAGACAUACAGUUCAAUACAUUCAACUGGAUUAAAAAAUAUGCUUCACCCUUUUUAAUUUAUUUUUCAAGUCUUUAAUCAUGGAACCCUUAAAAGUGUUUCAAUUGUUUGCCCUGCUCUCUCAGCCGACAAUUUUAUUUGAAUUCUAAUAAGAUGUGGGUUGAGACUUCUUAUUCCUUGCUAUUGAUGUUGUAAUGCAAUUGGUCAGUUGCAGCUAUAAUUACCUGACAUAAAAUUAAUAUGAAUUAAUAUUAUAUUUAACAAACUUCCUUCCUGAUGCUCACAAUUACAGUCCAAUCAAUCGCUAAAUUUAAAAUAAUUGAUUUACACAAACAACCAGAAAAAAAUGGACAAUUGGUUGAAUGUUUUGUGUACAAAUUUGCAUUUUCACAUGAAAAUAUCUGCUAAGGCAAUCUUUAGAUAAACUCAUAUGUACAGAGCCUAGUUAUUUCCACUGUUUAUAUAGUAUGAAAUAUUGGUAUGAAUACAGCCAGCCUUUACUGCCAUUAAUAUCACUGUAAAGAAAAACAAACUUUUUUGUAUGUAAAUGUUAUUUUCCAUAUAUGAAGUAUAUAUUCCUAGAGGAAAAAAUACAAAAAAACUUAAUGUACGUAAAGUUGACAAACUAAGAACAUUAUCUUCUGUAGGAUACUUAUAUGAAGAGAUCAAAAUAUAUUAUACUACUGUGUUGUGUGUUUUAGGUUCCCAGAAGAUAAAAUGCAUACUUUUAAACAAUAGACAAAAGCAAACCACUGCUUUAAACUGUAUCUCUCCCAGGUGAAAAGAGUCAGGAAACAAAGUCCUAUACUUUUAACACAAAUAGAAAACAGGCGUGCUGGUUGCUGACAAUUAAUAUUAACAGUAAAGGAAGACUUAAAUUACAGGUAGAUCAAUUAAGUGAAGUAUUUUCAGCUGUAAAAGAUUGUCUAUAUACAGUAAGUGCAAGGUUUUAUGUACACUAAGGAAAUGUGAAUGUCUACUGAAUGUGAGUCUCAUCUGAACCGAGAAAACAAAAGGUGUUAUGUUGUAAACUGUAAAAUUUACAAAGGAUUUAUCUACCAACAGUUACUGAAAAGUGACAUUUAGUACAGUACUAAGAUUCAGCUAUUUUAUGCAUCUGGCAAUUUAUCUUUUUCCCGAAAUUACCGUAUGUUUUUUUUUUAUCAAAAUAUACAUUUGGAGUUAUCUUAAAAUUUUAAAAGUAUAUAAAUUAAAGAUACAUAGCAAAAUACAUACUGUAUGUUUAAAAGACAACACUGAGGAAGAGCUUGCCAAUGCAUCAGACAUUUUUAAAAAACAGUCUAUUUGCCAGCCAGCAGGAGUUUGAAAACCAAACAAUAUCAAUGUGUUUGCUUCAAGCCAUUACAAUUAUUCAUGAAAGCACUCAGAAAACAAUUAAUGAGUACCAGCUAAGAUACAUUAUAAAUAAUUUAUUUUGAUUUAAGUUGAAAUCAUGGUUACUUUUUACCUCAAAUGACUUUAAUUGCUAUCUGCUAUCUCAAAACUUUUCAGAAAAUGAACAAUUGAUUCAGCUGAAGCACAAGAGGGCUAAUUUCACAUUAACUUUGUCAACAGAAAUUGGAAUCUUACUCUUUUUUCCCAUCAUCUUCCAAGAAAAAAAUAACCACAAAUGGGGAAAGUAGGAUAGUAGGAUAAAUUCAGUUUAAAUUAUUAAAGCUGUAGAACAACCCCUUAUUAGAGAAUGUACAUGAAGUAAUUACAUCAGAAUUAGCAUUUUAUCUUUUAAAGCCAAUAGAUUGUUGUCUCCUUAUUCUUUAAGCCUGCACCGAUCUUGAUACCAUGUAUUCCACACCUUAUGUAUUGUACUUAUUUGUGAUUUUCUUUUAAUGUGUAUCAAAGAUAAAACAUUUAUCUUAUCAUGCCUCAUCUUAAAACCAGUCAGAAGUGAACAACUCAAUAUGUGCACCUCCUUUGUAGCUGGUAUUGUACCAUUUGCAGUAAUGAGCACCCAUAGGUUGAUGCGUUGGCACUCUUUCCACUGAUUUACAUCUCUGCUUUUUGCAUGCAGGAAUGAAUGACAUGCUGAUGUCAGCAUAUAAUUACAUGAAGAGUAGCUCAAGGAGAAAAGUGCAGGUAUUCAGAAAUUAUUGAUUUCUUGACUGCUGAAGAAUUGUAUGGUUUCUUCAAAUUUAAAAUGCUUCUAAGAAUGGCUUCUAAGAGAUUGUGCACAAGAGUAAUGAACAAUGAAACAUUCUCUUUUUUGUCUGUUUUGUUCUCAUUUCAUUUUGCUGUGUUUAGAGUUUUGUUUUAAAUUCUCACAUAAUUUCACAAGAGAUGUGCAAGGUUGUAAAAUGUAAAGUGAAUAAGAACCUAAAAACAGAAACUUCAUUUAAAUAAACUGAUAUCUAUCCUAUCAUAUCUUGUAACAGUCCUAGUAGAUUUAUUUACUGUAUGUGGACAUUUUUGUGACAGUGGUACAUAUGAUAGAAAAGCUUAGGUUACAGGGCAUUUCAUUGAAACAAAUUCUGAGCACCAUAUUACAACUGAACAGUGAGGUCAGAGCAGUAAUAGAUUGUUUUUUUUUAUUUUGUCAGAAUGGAAUAGAAGUUUGGGAGAAGGUCCUAAUCUCACCCACUUCCAGACUCUUAUGUACAGUAUAUUUAUAUACACUUCCUGAAUUUCUCUUUUCACAUCUCUCUCUCACCCCUCCUGCCACCCCAUUUUCAUCCUUACAACACCCCCCUACUGUAGGUCAUUCCUUGCAAAAGUGAGGUGUCUUGCAGCUUCAUCCUUAGUGUUAGGUUACCGUUCCCUCAAACAGGCCAAACAAGUUAAGCUAAACAAACCUUUAAUAAAUUAUCAUCUGUGUCUCAUUUAUUAGGAUCUCAUUGACCUGCUGAAAUGAUUAUAACAUAACAUAACAUAACAUAACAUAACAUAAUAUACUGUAUAUAUAUAUAUUUGUCUGAUUGAUUCUUAGCUUUCUCUAACAUUACUGUUGUACAAGCCAAGUAGAAAAUGCACUCAAUUUUGGUUGACUUAAGUCUGUUGUUUCUAAAGCCAACAUUCCUGUUGUACAAGCCAAGUAGAAAAUGCACUCAAUUUUGGUUGACUUAAGUCUGUUGUUUCUAAAGCCAACAUUCUCCAUUGGCUGGUAUUUUCUGUCAUCAUGGUAAUAUUUUAAGCAUUGUAAUACAGAUGCUACAUUCUAUCAGCUUGAAACAUCUAGAAACAAGAUGUCUUAGAGAUGUGUCAUAUCAGCAUUCCAGAGAAAAACAAAUGAUCAGUAUAUAAUAUUAGUGCAAUUUUGCACGCUUUUAUAGCAAAAUUAAAGAGCUUUCCUAAGAAUGUAAUUGACAGAUUCUGGGAAUAGGAUAUACACUAUCAUGAAUCUUCUGUAAGUCCACAUACAGUAAUUAAUCACUUGUAAAUCCUUCAGUGGGCAAACAGUUGCAACAUUUUGUCUGCACAGAAACUAUGAAUGCAUGCACCUUCAUAUAUGUUGUUCUUGAGUUUCUUGUUUAUUUCAAUAUUUCUACUGUAAAGAGACUGUCAUUUUGAAAUCGUUGAAAAUAAAUGUAUUUUUGUACAUCA